CAAGUUCUUUUGCUUGUGUCGAGCAAACGGGCAGCUAGUUUCAACUUGCAGUCGAGCUGUCAAGUAUGAGCAAACCAAAGACUCCAUGCUUAUAAAUCCUCACGCUCUUUCUGAAAGCCUCGUGUGAAGCCUUGGGUGAACCUAUGAAUUAAUUAUCCGUCUAACGCUUUCGGGAAUAUCUCACGGAAACACGAAACUCAGGUUACUAGAGCUUUGAAACGUUAUUGACCAAGUUACUAGGAGUGGGUUGGGGUAGAGAAAGGAACAGGAAGAAAGUCAGAAAAAGAAGCUUGAGUGCGAAACUUAGAUCUUGGCUGCACAUCAGCGCUCAGCUUUCGAAUUAGAUUCGUUCUCGGAAGGAAAACUCAGGUGUGAAUUUAUUAUGAAGCAUCUAUUUUCAUUUAAGUGUGUGAGACAAAGCCAAUGAGGGCAGUCUACAAGAUACAGACCAGAGGACUUUAUCUCAACAUUUCAGGGUCUGGAAGACGCUUAGGGUUCCCAUAUCCGCUGGAUGACUGAAGGACAUACCAGUGGAUUCUGACAUGGACUGUGCAGAGGUCAAAGGUCAAUUCCCAGCAGACGAGCAGCUGGAGCCACUGUUCAUCCUCGAGGAAGGGGACGAGCUGGAUAAUUUUGCACAUAUCUCUACAAGCGGGAAAAGCAUUCUGAAAGUGAAGAAGGAAGGCAUGGAAGACAGAAUUAAAGAGUGCUGUGAGGGAAGCACAGAAUCUAAAAACGAUGUGAAAGAAGGUGAAAGCAUGCAUGUAAGCACCACUCAGGAGGAAGAGGAAGGCCAGCAAAAGGAAGGGUUGGAAUACAAAAACCGUAAGAUCGAGGGAGAGAUGGGAACCGAUGAGAACGCUGGAGUGAAAAGAGUCCAAACUGGACCUGCAUCAGUGCUGGAGAAGGCUGGAGGGGAGACGGAGGGAGCGAAGACAGAUGCGGUGCCUAAAGACCGGUCAGUUUCUGAUACCCAGACUGUAGCCAAACUACGAACCAGAGACCGACUCAGUCCUGACGAUGCUCAGCAAAAGGUUCACAGGUUAUCCCCAGAUUCUCCUGACGCUCUCUACGAGCUACUUUGCGCCUUGCAGGAAGGCCGUCGACUCAACGACCAGCGUUGCUCCUUCACACUGCAGCCACGCCGAAGGUGCCACUCAGAGCCCGGAACCCCACGCCACAGCCACAAAGUGGUCUUCUCAUCCAUGACGUCGCUGCAGAAAGAGGAGUUCUUUGACCUGGUGGCCGUCUCGCAGGCUCGACGGCUGGAUGACCAGCGUGCCGAUUUUCAGAAGCCUUCCACCGAGUCUCCGGAGCGUUUACCUCAGGAGACUCGCCGUCCCUCCAGCGCCCCUGAAGCUUACUCCUCACAGCCCAGACCCAAAUCGAGGAGAAGCAGCUGGAAGGUCAUAGAUUUUGGCCAGACUGUUCCCAAACCAGCGCAGAAGGAAGAGCUCUACAACAUGAUCUUAUCCUCACAAGCACAGGGCAGAUUGGAGGAGCAGCGUAGCAAAGCCCCAGGCCCUAUGGAUGAUGAAGAUUUCUUCUCCCUGCUGCUGAGGGUCCAGGGAGGCCGAAUGGACGAGCAGAGAACAGAGCUUCCUGUAGCACUUCAGAAUUAAAAGAGACUCUGGCUAACACUGCUGAGUAUUUAAAAUAAAAAGACUUUUUUUUUUAUUUCAGUUUUUCCUAAAAUACGUGUUUUAGUUCCUUUUCAAUUGAUUUUUGUCUAAACGUAUGUAAUUUAUGAUCUCUAAGCCUAGAGUAUGUUUCGUGUUGAAGUUGAGUGGUCAUCAAGAAGAGCUAGGGUCAACACUUGAGCUGAGAUAAAUGUCACAUGUGGUUACGACAGUCAUUUGAUAUUUGCUGAUGGUUUUCAGUGUCACUGUUUGCGUUUGGGGAGGUGUUACAGAGACAUAAGAGGAACCGAGAAUGCAGGCUUGUAGAAAUGUGUCUGGUGUAAAGCAGUAAAAGGCCAAGAGCUGAGAAACAAUGGGGUAUAUAAGAAGAAGGAAAGACACUGUAAAUGAACAGGAGUAUUAAAAAAAUAGAUACAACAAUCAAUAUUUAACAAGAUAUUUUUUUACAGGUAUUGGAAAUUUUUUAUUGGUAAAAAAACUUACAAAGUGAUUGUGGAUUGUGAUUGUCUUAAUGCAUUGCCACAUGAGAUUGUUGACUUGAUAAUGAUUCAAUCAUUAUGACAGAAAAAGAGCAUAUAAUUCAUUUUCGGGUUCUUUUCUCCGGCUGGAAUGGACGUUGUUCUGGUUAGAGCGUGUGCAGCAAGCGAGAAGUUUUUUUUAAUCAGCACAAAAGGCGCUCCAUCCAGCACUUUUUCAGUGUGAAAGUGUGAAAGCAGUUGAAUUACGAUGCUAACCAAUAAAAGUCACCAGUUUAGCACGGUGCAAGCUGUAUGUCUGAAUCUAUGCACGAUCUCUUCGCGGAUUUGUUCGGCGUCUCGAACAGACGUGCUUUCUGACACCCUUAUCUAUACAAAUGAACCGAAGGAACAAAAAAUAGCUGUAUCGUAGCUCCAUCUCGAAGCCAACCGACUUUCUUCCUCAGGACAAAAAAGCAUGACGCCUCCGUGCAUUGUAUUGUUUGUUAACGAUAAUCUCGUCAGCUAACGGUGUCAAGCAAUGUAUAUUUUUCUUUCUCAAAACAGAAAAAAACAGCUGUACUGUGAAUCAUUUCGAUUAAACAAAAGUCGAUCGAUUUAAAGAAGAUGUCUACUUUGUUUACUGUUCCUGCCGUGUUGAUUCGAGUUCACUCGCUGAACUCCCGAGCUUUUGAACAUAAAAGGAAAUUACGUGCUGAACAUACAAAACUAAACUAAAGAAGCAAACUAUUAAUAGAUGAUUGACACCAAUGAUUUGGCAUAGUCAUCAUUUGUAUUUUGGGGUAAACUUUUCUUUUUAAAACAAAAUAUUUCUGUCUAAAAAGCUAUUUUAUUUGCAUUUACGAUAAUACGUUUUUUUUUUUGUUGUUAUUUGUUUAUUUUAUUUUUUUCAAAUCAAUUUAUAUUCAUUUUUGUAACAACGAGUAGCAAACUCACAAUAUAUACGCUUUUCCUUUAGUCUUUUUUUAUGGUCAUUUUGAAAGCUUUGUGAGUUAACCUAGAAAGUAGACUACAUGCACAUCACAGAAAGUCUUGCACUACUUUACAGUACUGCCAAGUUUUAUGAACUAAAGUGAGUCGCUUUAUACAGUAUAGUAAAUAAAUGAAUAAGUCUGUGUUGUACAGGAUACUUGACCUGUUGUGGUAUUUAAUAGAGAAAAAGCUAAUCGCGAUGGCGUUUUUUUUAUGUUUUGUGCACAUGAAAGAUUAUUGCAAUCAAAAAUAAACGAGUGAGUGAGUUAA